AUGGGCAAGACCAAGGUUACCGACAAGUCCUCCAAGAAGGAGAAGAAGCCCGAGGUCUCUGGCGUCAAGGCCGGCCGCGUGACCAAGCCUGCUCAAGCCACCAAGGCCAAGAGCAAGGACAUUGCCAAGUCUGCCGUCAAGGAGAAGAAGAAGUCGAAGAAGGCCAAGACACCAACACCCGAGCCUGAGUCCGACUCUGAGUCCAGCGCCAGCGAGGAUGACGAUGAGAGCUCUGCCAGCAGCGAGGACGAGAAGGUUGUGAAGAAGUCCGCCGCCAAAGAUUCUUCCGACUCCGACAGCGAUGACAGCAGCGACAGCGAGGAAGAGGCCAAGCCCGUAGCGAAGACCAACGGCGCUGCCGCCAAAGACGACAGCUCCGACUCCGACUCCGACAGCAGUGCAUCUGAGGAUAAGAAGCCUGCCACCAAGGCCGCGAAGGCUGAGACCUCUGACUCUGACUCCGACUCUGAUUCCGCCGAUUCCGACAGCGACAGCGAACAGGAGGCACCCUCCAAGAAGCGUAAGGCUGAGGCCGCCGCUGAGCCUGCCGUCAAGAAGACAAAGACCGAGGCGCCUGCAUCAGAGGGAAUCAAGAACCUCUUCGUUGGUAGCUUGAGCUGGAACAUUGAUGAGGACUGGCUCCGCCGUGAGUUCGAGGGCUUCGGUGAGAUUACGGGCUGCCGUGUCAUCACCGACCGCGAGAGCGGCCGCUCCAAGGGCUUCGGCUACGUCGAGUUCGCCAGCGCCGCCGAUGCUGCGAAGGCCAAGGCUGAGAUGCACGAGUACGAGCUUGACGGCCGUGGCCUCAAUGUUGACUUCAGCACUCCCCGUGAGAAGCCUGACCAGAGCGCUCGCGCCAACAAGUACGGCGACAAGCGCAGCGCUCCUGCCAACACCCUUUUCCUCGGCAACCUCUCCUUCGACUGCUCCAAUGAAGGUAUCCAGGAGAUCUUCCAGGAGUACGGCAACAUUACCCGUGUUUCGCUCCCUACCGACCGUGACACUGGCUCCCUUAAGGGCUUCGGAUACGUUGACUUCGGCACCGUUGAAGAGGCUACCGCUGCUCUUGAGGCACUCAACGGACAAGAGGUUGAGGGCCGUGCUAUCCGCAUCGACUAUGCCGCUCCCCGCGCUGACAAUGGCGGAGGUGGUGGCUUCGGCGGAGGUCGCGGUGGAGGCCGUGGAAGCUUCGGCGGUGGUCGUGGAGGCGGCCGUGGUGGCUUUGGCGACCGUGGCGGCCGUGGUGGCGGUCGUGGCCGUGGAGGAGAUCGUGGAGGUCGUGGCGGUCGUGGUGGUUUCAGCACCAACCGUGGUGGCUUCGGCGAGUUCAAGGGCCAGAAGAAGAGCUUCGACUAAACUUCUCGCCCCUGCGCCUUACUGCCUUCACAUUCCCUGUAUCUGAUUUGAUCAUUUCGAUGGUAAGUUAUGGGUCGUUGAAUAAUGCCCUUGUGGCACGGUCAAUGGCUCUGGGCUUCGGCUGUCUGUUGAUGAUGUUACGAUACUAUAUGGAUGAGAUCUCUCUUUCUGGAUGGCGUUCAUGGUCUCCAUAGGUAAAAGUCUUAGUUUCCUGUCACCACUCGCUCUCUAGUAUGAGUUGAGCCUGGUGUAUGUAUAUAGUGUCCAAUGCUAUUUUCUCAAA